GAAAGAGGAGAUUCUAAGCUUUACAAUGGUAGCUAGGUCAUUUGUCUAUUGUAUUUGUGAUUAAGAUAUGAUAAAAUCAUCGAUAAAUCUCGGUUUCGUUUUUUGUGGGACGCAUUGUAUAGCUCACAGUCUCGAGAAACCACCCCCUUCAGUUCAAAGUUGAUGGGGGCGGUCCAAAACAAGAUCUCGAAGAGAUGAGACCAGUGCAAAAAUGUCGCACAAUUUAUGCACACGACACGCUAACGUUAACUACAUAAAAUCAGGCAUUUUUUCUGUGAUCUGCCUCUUUACCUGUGUUGAGUUGAUGUGGAAAGGACCUAAGUUAGUCGUUCAUCUCACUGAAGCAAGGAAUCAUUUCGCUUGGCACUGUUUGCAGUCUUAUAUUUUAGGUACAUAGAAUCAAGAUGUCAGAAGCCAAGAAAUCAAAGACAGACAAGAAGGGCUUUAUGCAGCGUCUAGAUGCCGGUGAGAUAGUGAUCGGUGAUGGAGGUUACGUGUUUGCUCUGGAGAAACGUGGUUACGUCAAGGCUGGACCAUGGACUCCAGAAGCAACCGUAGAACACCCAGAGGCUGUUCGACAGAUUUCCAAGGAAUUCCUCCGUGCUGGAGCAGACAUCAUCCAAGCUUUCACAUUUUACGCCAGUGAUGAUAAACUAGAGAACCGGGCAAACAAGUCACUUGAGAAAUAUACUGGUGCUAUGAUUAACCAGAGAGCAUGUGAUAUCGCAAAAGAAGUAGCUGAUAUUGGCAAUGGUAAUGGACCUGGUCUGUUUGCCGGUGGCGUCUGUCAAACACCUGGAUACCUCUCAGGUUCUAACAAGGAAUCCGUUCAAGCUAUCUUCAAGAAGCAGGUUGAUGUUUUUGUCAAGAACAAAGUGGACUUCCUUCUUGCUGAGUACUUUGAGCAUGUUGAAGAGGCUGUUUGGGCUGUUGAAGAACUGAAGAAGACUGGUAUUCCUGUAGCAUGUUCAUUGUGUAUUGGACCAGAGGGUGAUAUGCAUGGUGUAUCUGCUGCUGACUGUGCCGUUAAGAUGGCAGAAGCUGGUGCUGAUGUUGUCGGUAUAAACUGUCACUUCGACCCUUGGAUGUGUCUGAAAACCGUCGCUCUGAUGAAGGAAGGUCUUGACAAAGCAGGAAUCAAGAAACAUCUCAUGAUCCAACCUCUUGCGUUUGCCACACCAGACUGUGGCAAGCAAGGAUUUAUUGAUCUCCCAGAGUUUCCUUUUGGUUUGGAGCCCCGUAUCCUGACACGUUGGGAGUGCCAUCGUUAUGCCCGUGAAGCCUACAACCUGGGUAUCCGUUACAUCGGUGGUUGCUGUGGAUUUGAGCCUUACCACAUCAGAGCUGUCUGUGAAGAAUUGAACAAGGAGAGAGGAUUCUACCCUGAAGGAACUGAAAAGCACGCCCUCUGGGGUGAUGGUCUUCGUCAACACACAAAGCCGUGGGUUAGGGCUAGGGCUCGGCGUGAUUAUUGGGAGAACCUUAAACCCUCUAGCGGUCGACCAGAUUGUGCUUCAAUGUCUAAACCGGAUGCUUGGGGUGUAACCCGAGGUGAUGAAAACCUUGUUCAACAUUCAGAAGCGACCGAAGACGCAGAACUAAAGAAGCUUUACCAACAAGCAGCGAAAUAACUGUGUUUUAGAACAGUAUCAAUGACAUCUCAGUGAAUAGUUCAAAACAUGUACAAAUGUUAUAUACACUUUCAAGCUCAGAAUUAUGUGACUUUGGUUCUGAUUUCUUGUUCAGACUACAGUAUAAAUUGAUUUUGUGAAGUCUGCCACCACCAGUACAUUAUUUUUUACUUCUUGAUACUGCCAUGGAUGUAAGAGACAGUAAAAUUCUAUUGAAGGAUACUUGGCUACAUCUGUUUUGGUUAUGAAAAUAAUGUGGCUUGUAUAGUUACGGGACCUCUCAAAAGAAAGUUUGAAAGGUACAGGGUUCCCAGCCCAUCAUGGAAAAUUAUUUAACUUUUUUCCAGUCAGGGAAUUUUGAUCGGCCCAAAAAUUCCAAAGCAUGGUAGUCAGACUCAAAACAACAUCCAUUGAAUGACUUUUUUGUGGUCUUUUAGUGAGGCCUCUUUGACUGCAGUACAAGUACUGGUAGCUGUAGCACAUGACCCAACUAAGGCCUCUAACUUUAAACAUAAUUAUGUACACCAAAAGGGAGUAGUACCCCUUGCCUAUUUAUACUGAAAAUACAUGUGAUUCACUGCAACAACUUAGAAAACUUGGAAUGGGUUUAAAUCAUUAUAAGGGAAUUUUGAAACUUCAUCAGGGAAAAAUCAGGGAGUUUUGUUUUCUUGAAAAGCUUGGAACCCUGACAUAAUUUCUUUUUAUUGUUCCUAGAAAAAACAAUGUGUAUAGUUUUCCAUUAUUUUCUGUAUAGUUUGUGAUGUAAUAUAAAAGCCUGGGAAAAUCUUUUUUUUCUUCAAAAUAUGAUGAGCUUGUAUUUGUACCACAUAGAAAAGAAAUACUUUGCAAUUCGGACUUAUUCUUUUUAUUGUAUAUUUAAGUUUCACUAAAUGUGCUAGACCACAUGCGUGGAAGUAAGAACUAUCCAUCCUCUUUAAAACAUCCCAUCCAUUUGGACAUACAUUAUACCAAAGACAAAGAAUUAUCUAUUUUUUAUAGUUUUUUUGUUCAGUUCAAUAUAUCACUUUACAUUCUUGCUCUAAUUGUAAUUUGGGAAGUCAUCCUCCAAAUUAAAUUAUGCAUAAAUUUACUAUUCAGUAUUAACAAUUGUUUGAAAGCAAUCAAUGUUAAUUACUCUUUGUGUUUGUGACUUGUAUUAAUCAAUGUAAAUUACUUUAUAGCUUUGUUGUAUAAUUUGUAUGUGACACAGAUACUGAAGGAAAUAUGACAAUUUGUUAAAAUUCAUGUUUCCUUGGUGCACUAUUAGUGCUGCUUAUAUGACCAUGUAUGCUACACAAAACCUUAACUCUAGGGUGAGGAAUUAUUCAGCUUUGCUUGGCAAACAAUUUAUUAGAAAAGAAUGAAUAUUAUUAGAAAGAAGCUCUAUGAAUGUUCAUCGAAAUCCAAUGUUCUGUUUAUGUAGUAGGGGGUUAAUUGUGAAUUUUGUGUAUUGGGCAUUCAAGUUGAUGUGCAGGUAAUUUAUAUGUCCUUCCAUUUGAAUUGUCAAAGCUUUAAAAGCAUACUUUAUGAUGUAAAAUCAACAUAUUGAACAAUUGUCUAAUGAAAAUUAAAAAGGAUUGAUAUUAUA